AUUAGCAGCCAACUUCACACUACUAAAAAGGUGAACCUAACCUUACCAAUAACUCAUGAUUCUGAUUUGUUAGUUUUAGGCAAUUGUGAGGUAGUUGUAGAUGUAUAAUAUAUAUGAAAGAAAAUGAAAUCAGAAAAAAAAAUUGUGGAACUAAGAAAUUACAUAAAAAAUGCAAUUAUAAAUAAUAGGAAUUUUAAUGGCCACAAAGAAGAAAGAUGUCAAGUUUUUGAAUUGUUACUGAGGGUUGUUCAGAAUGGAGAAUCAAAUUCUGCCUUAUUAAUAGGCCCAAGAGGUUCAGGAAAAACAACUUUACUAAAAGAUGUACUAUCUGAACUGCAAAAUGAUGAUGAAUUUUCAAGGAAUUCUAUCACAGUCAAACUGCAUGGUUUAGUACAUACUGAUGACCGCCUAGCUUUGAGAAGUAUCACCUCUCAGAUGAAUUUGGAAAAUGUGGUAGAUGGAAAAGUAUUUGGUAGCUUUGCUGAGAACAUGGCUUUUUUAUUGGCUUGCCUUCGAACUGGUCAAAAACACACAUCAAAAAGUGUCAUUUUUAUUCUAGAAGAAUUUGACUUGUUUUGUUCCCACCACAAUCAAACUCUCCUUUAUAACUUAUUUGAUGUUUCACAGUCUGCACAAGCUCCUAUAUGUGUAUUAGGUAUUACUUGCCGUUUGGAUGUUAUAGAGUUGUUAGAGAAACGUGUUAAAUCUAGAUUUUCUCAUAGACAAAUAUUUCUUUUUCCUGGAAUUGAGAAUGAAGAACAAUCUGAUUUAGAACACAUGCUCAGUAAAUUAGAACAAUAUUUGCUUAUACCCGAGAAAUCAGAUGUAAAAAUAAGUAUGGCUGUAAAAAAGCAGUGGAAUGCUGACAUUAAAUCUCUCCUGAACGAUAAGAAGUUCAAAAGUUUGAUGCAGAGGCUAUCAGAAAUAGAUAUAAGUGAAAGAACCCUAAGACACAUUCUGAUCAACAUCAUCUUUCGUCUGGAUGAGGAUAAGUUAUCUUUGAAGGUGUUCCAAGAUCAAAUGGAUAUGUUGGAAAAAGAUGAUAUGAUUCAAAUACUACAAGAUUUGAAUGUUGUGGAGUUAUGCCUUGUAAUUGCUAUGAAACACCAUGAUGAGAUAUAUGAAAAUCAACCUAUGAAUUUUGAAAUGAUUUUAACACGAUACAUCAAGUUUGCAAACGCUAAUUCAAGUAUCCAAUCUAUGCCCAGACCAGUGAUAAUGAAAGCUUUUGAACAUAUUCAAAAUCUUGAGUUAAUUUCCAUGAUGAGUGGUAGUGGGACUAAAAUGCAGAAAGAAUAUCAGUUUUUUAAAUUACUAGUAACCCCGCACCAGAUCUCUGAGGCUGUGAAAAAAUCUUCUGGAUUGCCAACAGAAGUUAUUCAAUGGGCAAACAGUUCUCUAGCUUGAAUGGACACUUCAGCUGCUUUUAAGAACAUAUCUGAAAAUAUUUCUAGUGAUUUUUUUGUUUAAACUUUCUUUAAACCAGAUGAUAAGCUGGAGAAAAAGUCAUCAUCCGAGUCAGUGAAAGACAUUACCCUACCUCACCCAUGAUUCCGCAGCUGAUAUCCCCAACACAAUUAUAUGAAACAUUCCUGAAAUAUUUGCUGGGAAUACAUUGGUUGCAAAAAUGUGUCACCAAUGAGUAUUUGAAUUAUGUAAUUAUAAACCACAUUCAGCCAGAAAUUAAAUAUUCUUAAAAUUAUACUUUUUGAUAUUUUA